UUUACUUAUCGCUUCUCUCUCAGCUCGUUGACGCGGUCUCCCUCGGUGCUCUCUCGCGGCUUCCUCCCCUACGGCAAAUGUCUUUUGAGCUCAGUUGGGAACAGCCGAUUCUUUGUUCUGAUUUUCGAUUUAUGAACCGUGGGAGACUGAGGUAUUUUUCUCAAAAGAUUUCUUUUAGGCAUUGGACCUGGCCUAGAUUCUACGCGUCAGGUUUUAUUUGACCCCUUUUCUCGUUUGGAUUCUUUAAUUUGGCUCUGCUGAUUUUGUUCAGAGUGGAGUCGCAGUCUUUUUAAUUCACUUUCUAUUGAGUAUUUUUGAAUUUUUUUUAUGGGUAAAAACACAUUGGCGCCGGGGUUUCGAUUUCACCCCACCGAUGUGGAACUGAUUAUGUAUUAUCUGAAGCGGAAAAUAUUGGGCAAGAAGCUUUCUGUCAAUCCUAUUGCUGAAGUUGAUAUUUACAAGUAUGCACCAUGGGAUUUGCCUGAUAUGUCGUGUUUAAAGACCGGUGACCUUAAAUGGCAUUUCUGUUGCCCUAUCGCAAAGAAAUAUAAUAGAGGGGAUAGGGUGAGUAGAGUUACUGUAUAUGGCUACUGGAAAGCCACGGGAAAGGAUAGGUUUGUGAAGUACAAUAGCGAAGUUGUUGGGAUGAUAAAAACCUUGGUUUUUCAUCAAGGUAAAGCCCCGUACGGUGAGCGAAUGGAUUGGGUGAUGCACGAGUACAGACUUGUAGACAAAAAACUGGCUGACAGAGGGAUUGUUCAAGAUUCAUACAUGCUUUAUGUUCUCUUCAAGAAAGAUGGUAUGGGCCCAAGAAAUGGUGCUCAAUAUGGAGCACCAUUUAAGGAAGAGGACUGGGAUGACGAUGAUGAUGAUGAGGCAAAUUUUCCUGGCAUUGGUUCCCUUUGCAGUACGUCCAUAGUAGCUGUUGCUAGUGGCUCAAGCGGCCCUGAGAGCCUAUGUGUUGCACCAACUGUUGAUUCAAGUGGGGUUUACACACUGCCAUUGGUUGGUCAUACUAAUGACUAUGUUAAUUGUACCCCUGUCAUUGAUGCUGAUGCUUAUACUUCCCCUACAUGCGUGGAUACUCCUGAAGCUCCCACGGUUGUCGUCACUGACUCCGUUCCUGCACCGUUGGAGGCUCCUCAACUUGCUCUAGUUCCUCAAGAUCAAGAACUCAACGAUAACAACGUUAUAUUUAUGCUAGAGGCCUUCACUGAAGAUGAUGAUCAAAUGACUGGUAAUUUUACCAAUUCAUUUGUUGAGGCUCCUAAAGUCUAUGAGGAAGAUGAUAUUAUAUCCAUGUUGGCAGCUUUCACUGAAGUCGACGAUUCAAAUAAUUGGCGCCUUUGAUUAAAGACGUCAUGAAACCCCUUCCUUUUCAUUGAAUUUGGUAAAACUCCUUUUCGUUGAACUUGGUAAAACUUUACCCGUUUGUAGGAAUAAUUACGACUUCUUUGUUUAUCAGUUUCGUGGCAAGUGUUUGGUUUGAAAUAGAAGUAUGUAGACUUAAAUUUGAGAUACUUUGCUUCUGUCUGAUUUAUCAUCUUAUGUUCUCUCUGUAAUAGAAUCUUGAGUUUAAACAUGCAAUGUUUGGUUGUCUGUACCUGAUAUAUGAUCCUCAUAGGAUGUUUCAAA